AUGGAAGAAGGAAAUCAAAAGUAAAAUCUAUCCUUUUAGAUAGCAUAAUUAGAAGAAGAGUACAAUAAUUAUAUAGAGUAAAAUGCUAUUUAAUUUUAGCUCUUCUGAGGUUGUUAUGGAAUACUAUAAAAAUCAAUAAACAAGUGGAUUGGAUAAACAUUUUCUUAAAAUAGAAGAAUGGUUGGAUUAGGAUGUUGUAAUAUAUUUAAUUUAUUUAAAAUAGAAAGGCAAAUAAAAUCUUCCAUUGGUCAUUGAGGCAGAAGAUGGUGUAGGCAAAAAGACAUUACUUGUUAAGUGGAUUGGAUAUCAUAAUGCCAAUAAAAAAGGAAGAUAUUAGGAUAUUAUUAUUCCACAUUUUGCUAUGGUUGGAGGAAACAAUAGUAAUUAUUUUUAUGCCAUAUAUCGAAUAUUGGUUAAAUUAAGGGAAUUGCUUAAUAUAGGAUAGAAGGUAGAGUUAUUGGAAGAGAAACUUAGGAAAUAUUUUGCAUAUUGGUUAGAUGUUUGUAAUUCUUAUAUUGAAAAUUAAAUUCUUAAAGAAGCUAAAACUCUUUAUAAUAGAAUCAUCCUUAUUUUUGAGGGUGUUAAUCAUUUUGUUGAUUAAGGCAAUGGUAUAACAAAAGAAGCUAAUGUUUCUUUUUGGUUACCUUAAUUCUUUCCUCCAAGAAUUAAGGUUAUUUUGACAGCAUCUAAAAAUUCAGGAGCUAUGUAAUAUCUAUAGAAAAUAAAUUCUCAAGUUAUAUCAAUAAAAGUUGAACCUAAAAUUAUUGAGAAAAUGAUAGAAACACACAAAAAAAGAAAAGCAUUUCUUGUAAUAAAUCUAUUUUAAUAUAUUAUAGUCAGAUACUCUUAAGGAUAAAUUAUUAUAUAUUCUAACUUAAACUAAAUGUGAAAUGAGUUCAAUAUUUUGUAAAACAUUUUUAUCUCUUCUUAUUCCAUAUCCAAGUGUUGGUAUCAUAGGAGAAAAUGAUAUUAGACCAGAAGUAAUUGAAUCUUUAGUUUCUUAAAUUGAUAUGUCAAAAUUAUAAGAAGUUUCAAGUUUAGAGGAUUUAGUGAAUUUUAUUUUGGAUCAUUAUCAAACAAAAAUGUUUAAAGAUUAAGAAAAAUUUAUAAAAAUACUUUUAUGCUUUACAAUAACUUAAAAAGGAUUGAUGAUUUAGGAGGCAUUAACAAUUUGUCAAUUAACUGAGAAUGAUUGGAAGAUAUUUUUAGUAUUUUUUAAAGUGUAUCUUAUGCAUUAUAAAGAAUAUUGGAUUAUUACUAAUGAUAUAUUUAAGAGUAUUAUCUAAAAAAGAUAUCUAAAAGAUAAUUCUUCAGUCCCAAAAUUACAUGAAGAGAUUGCUGAUCAUUUAAAUAAAUCAACAAAUUCUAUUAGAAAAUUAGAAGAAUAAACAUAUCAUUUAUUCAUGGCUAAAACAUAUUUUAAAUUAAAAGAAAUAGUUUCAGCUAUUGAAAAUUUUCUAUUAUUAUUUAAUCCUAAUAAUAAAUAUGAUUUAUGUAGAUAUUGGUAAAAAUUAGAAGAAUAAGGAUUUGAUCCAGUAAUUGAAUAUAAUAAAGCUAUAGAAGGUUUUUCAAUGUAAUAUCAUCCUAGUAGUGAAGAUAUUUUUAGAAUCAUUGUAUAAGUAUCAAGAUUCUUAAAAGAAUUUUGUGAUUUUGAAACUUAUCAUACUCCUAGUUUUAGACAUCCACCUAUUUAAGGUAUAGAAGAUGAAUUAGAUGAUAUUGGAUUAUUAAAUGAACUUUAUAGAAUGAAUUUAUGUUAUAUAAUAGAUGCAAAUCCUAAAAAAAUUGGAAAGAAUGAUGAAAAUUAUAAAUCACCAGAAGAGAGAAUUAAUGAAAAGAUUGAGAAAUUAAAAUCAAAAUAAGUAUUAUAAAAAGAUUAGAAAUAAACAAAGAAACCUGGUAAAGAAGAAGAUAUUAAGAAAACAUAAACAACUAUAAGUUUAUUGGAGAAAAAGAAGAAACCAGAAAUAUUAACUAAAUUAGAAAAAUUAAAUGUUGAUAUUCCAUACAAUAGAGAAUAAGUUAAAAAGUUCUUUGAAGAGAAGAUAGGAAUUAGUAGUUUUUAAGAAGAGAAAUAAAGAGAGAAAGAAUCAGAAGAAGCUAAGAUAUAUUAAAAAUUAGAAAAUGGAUAGAUAUCAAUGAGAGAUUUAGAUAUUGAUUUAAAUAAAGAUGAAGAUGUUUAAUUAAAAAAGCCUGGUUAAUUAAAAUUAACACAUAAUUAAAUUUAAAUUAAAAAAUUAGAAGAAUAAUCAUUAGUUAGUGAACGUAAACCUACAGAUUAUUAUUAUAAAAGAUGGAUUUGGAUUUAAUUUCCUUGGGUUUGUUUAUCUGUUCAUAGUGAUUAUUCUGCUAAAAUGAAAUAAUGUUUUGCCAAAGCUACAGAAUAUAUGAGUGUUUAAGAAGAAAAAGCCUUUACAAAAUAAGCAUUAAAAAUAGCUAUUGAAGCUAAAUUAAAGAAGAAAAUGAUGUAUUAAAAAUAAGAGGAUGUCAAUUCUACAAUUUUUGAAGAUAAAGAAUUAUCUGUUAUUCCUGUUAAAUAGGAAUAAAAUACUUCAAUAUUGACAUUGAUGAAAUAAUAAUAAAAUGAAUAAUAAGGUUUAAAAGGAUUUAAAAGAGAGAAAUCAAUGGCUGACAAUACUAUUAACAAUUUAAAUAAUAAAUCUAAUUAUAGAGAAGUCAAAUCUACAAAGAUGCAUACUACUAGUUUAUAAUUCUUCAUUACAGAAGAUCAAAUGAGUCUAUCUUAAAUUCAUAAAGAAAUAGAAGAAUAGAAGAAAUAAUAAUAAUAAAAUUAAGUUGAUAAAAAAUAAACAACUCUACCUGCAAUAUCUAAAACUUAAGAAGUAUCUUUAAAUACAACUAUGAGAAUAAUUGACAAAUCUAAAAUGUAAAAAGAAAAGUACAAAUAAUUUAAUCCUGAAACUAUUAAUAAAUCUUCUUAAUCUAUUUUACCUAGAUUAAAAAGUGAAAUUUCACUUCAUAAUGGCAAAGAACUUUAUAUAAUGUUAUAAUAAGCAAAGGAUUUAAAAAGAGAACUUGAUAAUAUUAUUUAUUAAAAGUAAUUUUAUUAAAUUUAAAUUUAGUCAAGCUGCUACAAAGAAAUUAGCUAGUUUAAGAACAUUAUAGCAUAAUGAGGGUUUUGGAACAGAUGUAGAUACUGUUUCCUAAAUUCAAGAAAAAGUAAAUUCUAUUGAUUUUAUUCUUUUAAGAUUGAGACUCUCAAAACAUUAAGGGAGGAAGCUGAACAUGACUAUUUAUUGAGUAUGGUUUAAGAUAGUAGAUUAAGAAUUAUUAUUAAAAUAAGUGGUGACAAUAGAUCCUAUAAUGAAGAAUGGAUUAGAGAUUUGAAUUAUUUGUAAUGUAAUUUAAAUAAACUGAUUAAAUAUGAAAAAUAAGAAAUUAGUAAAAUGGAAGCAGAAAUUAAAUAAAUUCAUACAAUACAUAUUUAAUAUGUAGAUGCUUUUAAUAACAAUAUGAAUUAUUCUAAAUAAAUGAUUGAUUAAAUCAAUAGAACUGUUAGAUAGAAAGAAGAUUUUGAUCAUUUCUUUUAAUAAUUAGAUUCAAUUAUACAAUAAUAAUCAACAUAAAAAAUGUAAAAACUUUAAUAACAAUAUGCUUAAAAUUUAGAUAAAGAAUAAUAAAGAGUGAAAAGAAUUUAACUUGAAAAAAAUAGCAGAGCAAUCUCUGAUAAGCUUGAAGUUCUUAGAUAAACAAUGGCUCAUGUUAGUCAAUACAUAGAAGUAAUUAUUUCUAUUUAAUAUAAUUUAAAGGUUGAAAAUCCUGAUUAUUCCUAAUAAUCAAGUUUUGUUGAAUUUUUAAAUUAAUUAGAAAUUAAAACAUCUCUUGAAGCAAAAAUAUCAUUUUAAGAAGAUCUAUAAAGUGAUUUAAAUCUUAAAAAACAAAAAUAAAAAAUGUAUUUAAAUGUAAAUUAAAUAUUUAUACUAAAAGACCUUUAAAAAUGCUAAUUCAAAUGAAAAUAAAAAAGAACGUGUAAAAACGAUUUAAUUUAUUCAAGGAAAAGUUUAAGAUAAUGAAACUAUAUAAAUGUUGAUUGAAAAAAGAGAUUCAUAAGUCAAAUAGAAUUCAGAAAAAGAAAAACAAAAAAAUAAAUUAUAACUUGCACUCUUAGAUUAUAAUGUAUUUAAUAUUUGUUUAAUUUUAGAUUAGCAUUAAAAAUAUUAGAUAAAAAUUAAAAUCAUGUAAACUUAAAAUUAACUCUGAACAACCAACUGUCUCUAAAAUAACAUUAAUUAAUGAUGUAUCUAUUCCACUUAUUACAUUAAGAUAUAUGAAGAUUUAACUAAAAGAUAAAAUUUCAUAAAAGAGAAACUUGGAGAAGAUUUAUUUUAAUUAUUUUUAAAUAAGAAACUAGACUUUAAUAAAAUUUACAAGGCAGCCUUUAAAUAUCAUCAGGAUCCAACCUUAACCUAAAUGGAACCCUAUUGA